AUGGAGGGCUCUGCCUACCAUUUACCAAACAUUUACGAGUGCAACGAGAACUUUGAAUGGCUGAUGAAAGUAAUUCAACAGCGGACGAUCCUAUAUGUAAGGGAACAGGUUUUUGGAAUUUUUCAAGAUUUUUGUGAAAGAUGGAAUGCUCUGCAAACAUAUUCAAUGCCUAUAUUAAUACAAAAAAACAGUUCACCUGGACCGCGGUUUGUGCACUUCGCACGUUUUCGGUUUCGCAGCAACGCGGCGGAACUCGGGAUGUUCGAUCGACCGGACGGGAUCGGCACCAACAAGCGACGUCCGCAAUCGCACAGCCCUAGAAGUAUGUUCAAGGGAUCGGGCAGAUCGUGCGUUUUCGCGCGAACGUAUUCGAUUCGAUCGAUCAAUCGCAUGCGCUGCAAAGGAACGUAAAACGCACGUAUGGUGGACAGACGGCAAAAAGGAAUCAAGGAAAAUCCUGUAGUGCAAUAGAACGGUUGUGUAAAACGUACAUAUCACGUGGUAGCGGGUGGAUCAUUGUUUAAACACUACUGCGCUUAGGG